CCUCCGGGUACUCUUUUCCAUUGUUGGAGCAGUUGCAUUCGCAGGAAUAGACGAGAAGCGAGAAUCCAGUCACGCGAGGAAGCAAGGGACCCGGCACCAUCGUGUCCUGCCCGAGGACCGCGCAGAUCCUACCAGAGAGUAAGUGGGAUGAGACCAUACACACACACUCACAGAGGAGGUCAGGCAGCCAGACCGAUGAGAAGGGACCCAGGUCCGAGGGUGGGCGAGUGCACACAGACCAGGCAGACGGGCCAGGGAGGUGUCGGCAUGUGCGCAUCACUGCCAUGCACAUCGCAAGGCAACACCCACCAGAGACUGAGGGGGACAGACAGGCACAGCACGCAGCACAAACUGUCAUGAGUGGUGUCCAUGGCUGGGUGGAGGCAACCUGUCCGCCCUUCUCAUGUCUGUGUGUCGGCUUGUGUCUUGUGUGUCAGGAUGCGUCGCGUCGAGGGCUUUCAGCAAGACUCAUCGCAAGACAAGAACCAUCAGCAAACAUUCCUUGGUCAGUCAGUGACACACGCGACUGCUGUUCGUGCGUCAGCCAACUGACGUGGUGUGUGGCUGUCUUCGCCCUGCGUGUGUGUGUGCCUUGUGCGUGUGUCAGGUGGUCGUGAUGGCCAUCACCGGCCUGCACCGUUCUCAGGGGGAGGGCGCACACCUGCACCGCUGAGACCGCACAUACACAAUUACACCGGUACGCAACCACACUCAAGAGUGCUCAGUCAGUCAGGCAGGGGAGGGGAUACAUCCAUCGUCUGUGUGGAUGGAUGGUGGUGUGAUGUGUGCAGCUUCCCAGGGUUCCGAUUCCUACGGCGGGCAGCCACUCUGGGGCAGCGAGAGGGACAGGUACGGGCACACACAUACACAUACACAUAUACAGACGCACCAUCAUCCUAUAUAUGUGACAGGGGCCCGUCAUCCUCCCAUCUGUCUGGCGAUCGUGCGUUCCACCCGCCGCCACCACACCGUCCCCUCACCACACCCCGCCACCCAUCACAUCACCAGGGCAUGCCGUUCAACAGAGAAGGGGAGCACACCAGUGGAGAGGGCGGCCGGCCGUCACAGCAGCAGGAGCAGGCCACAGGUGGCCUCAGGAAGUGGACAGGCAUGAUGGAGGAUGACGACGCAGGUGAGUGGGGUGGGAUGGGGCGUCCCCACUCACUCAUGCUCAUUCUCAUGCACCUCACCUACAUGACAUCCAUAUUAUGGUUGGCGGUCUGUCCUUCUGUGCAUGCAGGUCACGAGCAGAGGGCCGUGCGUCCAUUCCUGCCUCCCCGCCUCCCCUUCUCGAUACCGAGAGGUGGCUUUCCCCCACCGAGAGGCCGGGGCUUUGGGCCGCCCGGCAUGGGACAGGGACGGCCGAACGGGCCGGAAGGUCGUGUGCUGCCCAUGAAGCAGCAAGGGAUGCACCAUUCUCCGCACUACCCGGGGUGGCAGGGCGACAGUGGUCAUAGCCCCAUCAAUCUACCAGGCGGCGGCCGGUCAGGACAUGGCUCCCAGUCAUCCCACGAGGCGGGCUAUCGCCCGCCCGUCUCCGGCAACCAUCCUACCAAGGGCUUCCCGCAGAGCCAGCCCUUCCAGCAGCAGCAGCACAUGCAGGGGCUGCAGCACGGUGGCUCGCAGAUGAGGAUGGGCCAGCAGCAGCACCAGCAGCCGCCCCCCGGGUCGCCCUACCCCCGCCGGCCCGAGCAGCAUCGCAGCCCGGGAGAUGGGGCCGUCCGUCAGUCUCAGCCGCCACCCCUAUCGCAGGUCCCACCGCCGUUCGGGCAGCCGCCCCUUCCACCGCCCCAGGAGCGGUACACACACGCUCAUGGGUCCCAGGAGUUGCCCGAGUCGCCCGAGUCGUCCUGUGAGGGGCCGCCCACUCCGCAGCCGCGCAGUCCGCCUGACUUCGAAGGACCGAUGUUUGAUUUCGACGAGCCGGCAGAGGCCCAGCAGCAGCAGGUGCCUGGUUUCGCUCCGUCGCCCCCCGACCAGCAGCCCCAACAGCAGCAGCAGGGCGGAGGUCAUGCUCAGGUUGGGGGAGGGGCGAGUGCGAGCGCAAGCGGUCUGAAUGCCGACGCUGCUCCGUUAGCUGGGGUGUGCGAGGGGGUGGGCGGCGGUGGCGUUGUUCUCCAGCAGAUGGGCGAAUUGAUCAAUGGAUCGAUGCAGGGUGAGCAAUGGAUGAACCAGACAGACAGAGAGACAGAUCGACAAACGGGAGGGAGGAAGGGAGGGAGGGAGGGAAGCGCACCACACACCCACACCGUGUGUGUGUUGUGCUGUGUAUGUAUGUGUUGCGUUGUGCCUAUCUAUCAGGUAUGCAGUACGCGCAUAGUCAGAAUGGUGACGGCUCCCAGGCGACCAUGUCGUCCCCCACACCCCAUGCCUCCAACGACUACCCCCUCCAGGACCCAUCUGCUGCAGGCGGCAUGGCAUUGCCCAACCAGAUGCAGCCCCCCGACGGCAGCAUGUCCAUCGACUCAUCGCAGGCGAGCCCCGUGGCCGCUCCUGCCAUCCAGCAGGCCGGUGCGUUCGGUCACGCCGGCUUCCCCACAUGGCCUCACCACGUUGCGAUGCAAGGCAUCGCCAGCCAGGGCAUGGCAGUCCAGCAGCAGCAACAACAACAGCAGCAGCAACAGCCGCAGGGAGGCGACAUGGCCAUGCAGCAGCAGCAACAACCCCAGCCACAGCCCCACCAACAGCAGGAGCAGGCGGACGUGUGGCAGCAGCAGCAACAACUUCCCCAGCCGCAAGGCCAGGCUCAGAUCCAAGGGCAGCAGCUCGCUGGUCGUGGCGUCAAGCAGAACUUUGGCUCCGACGCCACACUCAUCACCCAGUGGUCCCACAGUGGGGACUCUGGAGGAGUCAACACGAAGAAACGCAUCGCAAACGCGCCUCUGCUGCAUGGCCCGUCACCGGCCCAGAAUCAGUCGGCGUCGGAUCUGCAGCUAGAGGCCCACUCCACCGCCGAUGGCCCCCCUGCUGGCCACCCCAUGGCGGCCUUCCACCCGUCUGUGCAGCAACAGCAGCAGCGUCCGCAACAGGAGAUUGCUGUGGGGCCUGCUGUCGAUGGCUUUGUGCUGGGCGGUGGGGUUCACGCCAGACCACAUGCAGGCAGCCCUGAGGUUCCACCGGCCCAGGUCAGAGCCCAGCAGCAGCAGCAGCAGCAGCGGCAGAAGGCGCCGACGGACGAGGCGAGAGGUUGCGGUCCCUUUCCCCCUCCAGUCAUCCUGCCGACGCCCGGGGAGCAGCCGCCUUACCCCGCACGGCCUGACCCGCUUCCUGCUGAUGCGGGUCAGGCCGCGGCGGUCCCAUCUCUGUCGGCUUCCGACAGCCGUCAGUCAUCGCCACCGGGGGGGCAGCACCAGCAGGUGGGUCGGGAGAGGGUCGAGAGGGAGCGGGACGACCGUGGGGCCCCAGGGUCUCCGAGACACGCGGCUCUUCCAUCGACCUCUGCUCUGGGCUCUGCUCUGGGCGGCGCCUCUGCGCCACCCGAUGACAUCGACCUCCCGCUCAAGUAUGCCAUGGCAGGGCCGAAGGAUUUGCAGGAGUACCACACCAUGCUGGUCAAACGAAUCGACGAGCACGAGGGGAUUGGCCGAGAUGCGAAAGCUAAGGCCAAGCGCAAUCUGCAGACACUCAUCGACCGCGUCAAGACAGAGACCUCCACAGAGCACUUCUGCCAGAUCUUCGGCAGUGGCAGCUGCGUGUACGUAGCAUCCCUGUCCAGCCUGUUUGGCGCGCGCGUCUAUCUCAUGAGCCUGACACCCGACAGCGAGCCCGUCUCGAUCUUCAACAGGCUCAGCACCGAGGUGCGGGACUGUCUCAAGGAGGCUGACGAGGUCGGCUGUGCGGCCCUCCGCACGAUGCUCGACGCGAAGGAUGAUCGCCAGGCAGAGGAGGAGGCCCAGGCGGCUGCCCACAUCACAUACAUGACAGGUCCCGACUUCCAGGACCGUUCAGGUAUGGGUGGGGGGAUGGAGGGAUGGAUGGAUGGAUGGGAGAGGGCGCAUUCCUGUCAAUUUGUCUUGAUGUGCCACCUUGUGUUUCAGUUCGGGGCCUCCGCAAGCUCAUAGCGAUCGGCCUGCACCUCUUCAAGGACGAGCCCAUCGAGGCCCGCCUGACCCUACUCGACAUGGUCAAGAUGAACCUCGAGAGCAGCAUCGAGGCCAACUACAUGGCUGACAUUCGCGUCCUGACGGACAGAAAGGGGAUUAUCCAGAUGUUCAAAAAGAAACUCGCGGAAAAAUACGGUGCGGGAACAGCAGAGGGGGAGGCAAGGAGGGAUGUGUGUUUGUGUAUGGGCUUCCUCAGAGUCUGAGAUGGAGCUGCAGAGCACAGAUGAGAUCUUCACGACGACCGGUAAGGAAGACAAAGACAACACCACAUCUAGCGGGGCAGGGCAGGGGAAGACAAAGGAGGGACGGAGCAUUGGGUUCGAUCUCUCUCUCUCUCUGUUUGUCAGGUGAAUCUGACAGGGCGACUUCGACAAGAGCGGCAGAAGCCAAAAAAAAGGCAACAGAAGACGGUAAGGCACCACCGCCAGAUGAGUCGCACGAAAGAAAGAGGCAGGGAGGCAGGGAGAAUCGAGUGUAUUCGUUCGCUGUGUGAUGUGUGUGUGUGUGUGUGUUUCCUCCUCAGUCGAGGCGAUCCGGGAAAAAUUGUCGUCUGCGUUCCCGUCAGACCCGAGCAAAGAGGAGAUCAAGAACGUCAACGAAUCCAUCAACCAAUCCAUCAUCGACAACUUCCACAGGACAGUGGCAGAGCCGAUGGGUACGUGGCCGACCGCUCCGCAGCUCUGCACUCGUGCACGCGCGCGCGCGCGUGUGUGUGUGUGUAUUUGGCAGCGAAGGCGGAGGUCGCCGCCCUGAGCGCUGACGAGGUCAUCAGUAGAUACGCAAGAGAUGUCGUCGAGAAGAGACGUAAGCAGGGGAUGGAAUGAGGGAAGGAGGGAGGGAGGGAGGCGGGGAAGAGCAGAAAGUGUCCGUCUGUUGUGUUUGGCAUGGCCCACAGAUGAGUACGCUGACGUUGCGGUGGUGUCGUUCGUCGUGUGCCGGCUCUUCGACAUCCCUGUUCGCAUCUGGAACUUCGUAAGUGACUCAACACAGGCAGACAACGCAUUCAUUUUCUUGAUCCGUGUGUGUGUGUGUGUGUGUGUCAGGACUUGUCGGAAUCGGGCACCACACACGGUGAGAUCCUCUAUCCGCCUGACCCGCACCAGUUCAACGCAGCCAAGGCCGCCCUCAAAGGCUACGCCAUAGAGAUCGCCCGCAAACAGAUCCCCAGCAAGCCAGGCAGCCCACUCGGCACAGAGCACGCCGACCUGCUCCUCAAGUGAGUGAUCCACACACGCGCUCACACACACACGGGGGGGCAGACAGUCUCUCGCUUGUGUGCGUGUCGCAGCCCGACAGUGGGGCAGAGGUUGAUCCAGUUCGUGACGGGCCAAGAUGGCCAUGAGAUGGACGCGGACUGCAUGUGUUCGAAGUGCUACUACCUGAAGAAGAUGAAGAUCCAUGUAAGCAAGAGCCCGCAGACAAGGCACACAGACAGGCACACAGCGACCAUGGAUGGAUGGAUGGAUGGUUCUGUCUGCUUUGUUUGCGUGUGGCAGACGGAUAUCAAGACGACGGACUACAGCUGUUUCUGCCGAGUGUGCCACGAGUGUGAAGAGCUCAAGAACGACUGGCUCAAACGCCAUCCAGGGGUAAUACCCACACACAUCAUAGCGCACCACACACAAAGGCAGACGUCUGUGGAUGCGUGCAGUUCGCCAGCACUGACAACUCAUAUCAGUGCGCAGCGUGUUCGGGGCUCCCGCUGGCCGACGAACCAUGCUGCAUGUGCCGCAAAAGCCCAUCCCUGCUCAAGAAGCUCUGCUGCGGCGAGGUGAGUCUGUUGACUAUGACGCACAGACACCUGCACACACACCAGAGUCGCCUCUCUCUGUGUUUGUGUCUUGGACGUGGUGCCAGAUCAUAUGUUACUGGUGUGCGAUGGACAUCAUUGUGGCGCGCGACGCCAGAGCGCGCGAAUCCACAGGCGAAGGGGAGGUACUACCACACACAACACACAGCACAGCACAGCACAGCGCAGCACAUCACAUCACAUCACAUCACAUCACACGCAGCCCAUGUCCGUCCGUGUGUGUGCCCAGCAGCUCAAGUGUGAGGCCAAGCCGAAGUGUGAGGCCUUCGCCAUCACCGACCUCAUUCCCGAGAAGGAGACCCGCCUCCUGCCGCCCCUGUGCGAGCUGUGCGGUGCGUCGAUCGCCACCGGCCUGCCCGACACCCAGAUCACCACGCAAACCAAGCGCCGCCCUGCCGGUGUCGUCUGCUGGCGGUGCUAUGAGACCGAGGCAAAAAAGGCCGAGAACCAAGGAGAGGUACAGUACCAACACAGACAUGCACAGACAUGCACAGGCAGCCAGGCAGGCAUGCACGUGUGUAUGUGUGUUUCCUAUGUGUGUCUUGCGUGCCCACAGACCACGUUCGUCAUCACGGCGGAGAGGUUCCCCAACUUCAAGGACAAGGUGUCGGUGUACGGCUUCCGCAAGGGACGUGUGAGGCUCCGCGGCCCCCGUGUCGCGCGCAGCAUCGGCAUCGACCUCGAGAAGUUUGCCAGCGACCAGUCGAGACGACUGCAGUACGAGGCGGAUGGGGGCAGGCGUGACGAGGCGCGAGGGGGCCUCACCGAGCAGAAAAUGCAGGCGGUGCUUGACGGGCAGGCUGCCACCGUGGAGGAUCAGAGGUCAGCAAGAGAGAAAGGCAGGGAGCAGGCAGACUCAUGCACCAUCGGCUAUUUCCUCUCUUGUGUGUCUGGGUGUGUUGACCUUGAUCAGCCAUCGCUUCACUGGCGAUGGGCCCGGCCCCAGUCACUCGCCUCAGCCGCCCAGCACGCCGUCCAACAUGCCGCCCCCACCGCAGCAGCAGCCGUAAGACCAUCCAUCACACGCCCUUGGUGUUCUCUGUAUCACUUCUGUGUUGUUUGUGGCAUGCGCAUGUGUGUGUUUCGGCGCCAGCAGCUCGGCCACACCUGUCUCCAAGGGAUUGGUCCUCAUCGAGACCGCCAAGCGACGGCCACUCGGCAAAGUGAGCAUUUCCCAGCGCUUUGGCUUCCCAGAACUCAUGGACAUCCUCAUCAAGACUGCUGGUCAGCCAGGAAGCGGGCAAUGACGAUGUGUGUGUUUCCACCAGUUAAUGUGUGUGUGUGUAUGUGUGUGUGUGUCAGGUUACAGCACUCAGUUGACGUACCAUGUGUCGACGCUGCCGCAAGGGCGGACGAAGAUCACCUUCUCCCGUCCGCCGCUGUACAUGCCCAGGCAAUACUUCGACAACGACCCCAAGGCCAUCUGGGAGUUUUUGCGAGACCUGUGCCACAGCCCAGCUCACAUAUUUGCAGACGAGUGUGAGCUGGACCGCAACUUCGCCACACUUGCACGCGCCUGCGGCAUUCUGAGCAACACCGUCAAUCGAUACCUGAUCGAGGCGGCCAGCGACGUGAGCAUCGCCAAGAUCCCCGACGCCUUCCAGCAGAGCGAGGCAUACAAAGACAAGAUAUACAGAAUCGUCAGGGUCAGCAAGAACAAACCCAAGAUAGACAGAGGCGGGAUGUCCAUCGAUGUGUGUGCACUCUGUCUGCAUGGCAUGCAGCUCGAUGAGAUGAUUGGCGGUCAGCUGAAGAUACUCGAGGCCCACAUGGCAGAGCGAGGGAUGCUGUAGGACAUCUUCGCCGGCCUCAUGGCCAUCUAUCAUCCCGUCCUCGAGACGCUGCGCAUCGAGGCAGACACGGUUGGCGACGUCGCCAACCAGAACCUCUACAAAGAGAUCAACCUGGUACGCCCAAUCCAUCCAUGUGCCCAUCCAAAUGUGCAUCUUAUGGUUUGUGUGUCUGUGUUGGUGGAUGGAUGCAGUUUGUCGUGCACUUGGCCGAGUACGUGCCCGAGUACGAGGAGUACUGCUUCAACGUGCACGAGCAGCUCUUCUUCAUGCGCUUCCAGACACUCGACCAGCAGCAGACUUCCUAACGCCGCCAUAUGGUGGCUAACGAGCCCCCCUCUGUCUACGGCGAGAACAGGAAGGCGCGCACUCAGGAGAAGAAGAUGCAGAAGCUGAGGGAGGAGGAUGCAGAUCAGAUGGUGGAGGGGCUGAAGGAGUGACUAGGCGUGUGUGAGAGGGUGGCUUAUAAGGUGGGGAGGUGCUGACCCACGAAAUCAUGUGAUGCGUCAGAAUCUUCUCCUUUCGUCUCCUGCUGCAGUCUAGUCUGGAUGGCUUGACUGU